UUGCGCAGUCGAUCGCGUGUAGGAUCACAGUGUAAAAGCGCCAAUUUUGUCUUUAAUUUCAAGUAGCUUAUUUCUCGAACAGUCUACGGUGGACAAAUGCCCAGGAAGCGAGCGAAAGGCCCCACAGCAAGACAGGGUUCCUCUCCCGGGACAAGAGCUGCAACACGGCUGAUGACAAGAGCCAAUCAGUCUUCAGAGGAACUGGUUGAUGACGCUCCAGUGGAUGAAAGCUUGUCUGAAGAAAAGAUUGAGAGUAUGAAUGAAAGUGUUGUUGAAGAGAGUGUGGAGGAGACACCAACUAAAGACUUAAAUAGAAGUUUGAAGAAACGGAAGACCACACCCAAGAAACGGAAGAAAUCCAUAGUGAUUCCAAUAAUUGGGGACAAAUCUCUGUUUGACAUCGUCAAGGAAGGUUCUGCAUCACUCAGUGCUGUUGUCAAUGGUUGGAUUGAUAGCUAUGAGUCGAGUAGAGAUUUGGCUGCUACUGAUUUGAUACAGUUUAUUGUUCAUUGCUCUGGUUGCCAAGGUGAAGUAACUAUAGACAUGUUGCACAGUGACAUGACAGAGUGCAUUAUGAUGCUUACCGAGAAGUUUAGCGGAGGCAUUUACCCAUUGCUUUCUCACAGCACUGCUUAUCGUGGUCUCAAAGGGAAUGUAUUUGAAUUUGUCGAAAGAAUGGUAGCAGACUGUCAUCAACGUGGACUUCUUUACGAUGGAUGGCUUAUUCCAAUUGUUAUCAUGCCAUGGAUGACAACAUUGUCCGCAUCACAAGUAAGACCAUUCAGGCAUGCAGCAACAUUGAUUGCUAUGAAGAUGACGACAGAGUUAGCAAAAGUACUGACAGCAAUUGAAGAAGAAUUGAAUAAAAGUGAACUUCAACUUGGUACAGAGAGUCGUAAAUCUAAAGGACGUCGUGGAUCUCGUAAAGUAGAAACACUGGAAGACACGAUGGAAGAACUUAACGAACACAGCGAAGAAGUCAAGGGAAUGAUUCAGCAGCUGAUAACAUCUGUGUUUAAUCACAGAUACAGAGAUGUGAGACCAGAGAUCAGAACUUUGUGUAUGGCAGAAAUUGGUCACUGGAUGGACAAGAAUAGGGUUCUGUUUGUUCGUGAUGAGUAUCUUCGUUAUCUUGGCUGGUGUCUUCAUGAUACAUCUGCAGAUGUUCGUCUCUGUGUGAUGCAGUCUCUGAUUCUUGUGUACUCAAAUUCAGAGAACAGUGACAACUUGAAACUCUUUACAAGUCGUUUCAAGGAACGUAUUGUUUCCAUGACAACUGAUAAAGAUGACAAUGUUGCUCAACAGGCAAUUCUCUUAGUGGAAAAGAUGCUUGAGUAUGAGCAGGUAUCGGCAGAAGAUGUGGAGUCAGUGUAUCAGUUGGUAUUUGGCGUGUCACGGGUUGUCAGCCAUGCUGCUGGACAGUUUCUUGCACAUCAGCUAUUGAGUGAAGAGCAGCUACAGGCAAAAGGAGAGGAACUGGGGAAUGAUGUUAGGGACAGUGAGUUACAUCUCAUUCAACUAUUGGAGUAUUUCACUGAGGCUGGUCUUCACCAUCACACGGAGUUUUACGUGGAUUCAUUAUGGAGUCAUUGUCCUGUGUUGAGAGAAUGGGAGACCAUGACUGACAUGCUGUUGUCAGAAGAAAGAACACUAACCGAAGAACAAGAGAGAGUUCUUAUUGAUAUGAUGGCAUCUUGUGCUACAAGAGCUGCAGGGAAACCACCACCUAUGCAGAGACAGCCACACAAAAAGUUUGUCUCUACAAAAGAUCGCAAACAGAAUGAAGAAGACUGUCGGAGGAUGAGCAGCUUGAUGACUGCUGUCUUACCUGAACUUAUGUCAAAAUUUGGUACAACUUCAGAAAAUGUUGUGAAUUUGAUCAGCAUUGUGAAGUGUUUGGACUUGACAAGAUAUUCAGAGUUGAGAUGCAUGAAUGACUUGGAGAGCUUGCUAAAUGAGCUAAGUUCACUAGUGGAGAAAGGAACAGAUGAUAAGUUGCUUUAUGAAUGUGCAGAAGCAUAUCAGUAUCUUCUCAGUAGUGGGAGUGCCGUUAAAAGAGCAUCAGAGACAGCUCUUUCCACUCUUCAAGAUACGUUGGUAGCCAACUUUAAGGAUGCAGUGCUGAACGCUGCACACGGACCUGAUGACACUCUGGCUCUGAAUGACGAAAAGACAUCAUUUACUGUUUUGUGUGCUGUCAGAAGACUCACUGCUUUCCUUCGAGUGUUUGAUAUGACUCGUUUUGAUCUGUUCGAUGAGAUGAAUGCUAUAGUUGCUGGCUAUUGUGAGGAUAGUGAGAGUGUUAACAGUGAAAUGGUGGUACCUGCUUGCACAGCAUUGUUUGGUGUAUUAAUGAGAGAGGCACAGAAUGUCAAAGAUGGAUUUACAAAGGGAAAGAAAGCUUUGAGUCAUUUGAAGCAUCAAAUUGAAUUACUAGGUUCUCACUUUGAUACUGUAUUGCAAACUGUUGAUGAUGCAGAAAUACAGAGACAGGUUCUUGUCUUGUUUGCUGAAUUCAUGAUUGGUUUUGGACAACAUCUUAGAAUGAAAGGUCUAUCUUCUUUGGUGUUCAUAUCAAGCGAAUCUACACAGCACAGAUUUCUGUCAUUGGCUUGUAGACAUAUAUUUUACGAGGAAGAAGAUGUAGAUAAACAAGAUGAUGAAGAUGAGCUACGUGACAGUGAGUUGCUGAAUGCUAAACGACGUGUUCUAGCUGCCAUCAUAAAGCUCGUUAUCUACCAAGUUGUCGACAUGAAGUUUGCGACUCCUAUUUUUGCAGAAUGUCUCAAUUAUAAGAGUGGUCUGAGUGACCUCAUCAAGAUGUUCAUGAACAAAUGCCGCGAUUUGGACAAGCAGUAUUAUGCAGAGGCUCUUUUAGUUACACUACAGCAGAGGUUUGAGUUGUUGAUGGAUAAUAGCAGUGGCAAUAUUGACACGUUGUCAGACUUGUGGAAAGAAGUCAAAGAGUUGGCUCAUCACUUUGCUCUCACUUUUGGCACUGAUCUAAUGAAGAUAAGAGAACCAAUGGUAAAGCUUCAACGUAAAGGCAUCGAGUACAGUUUGAGCAAAGAACUUGGUCACAGUCAACGAUAUGCUAGUGAUGACAGUUUUGCUGCUCCACCAAAUCUACUUUUCUUCGACUUGCUGACGAAAUUCACUUUCAAGUUAAUGAAGAUAGACAAGGCUGGAAGGAAAGGACUUCUUGGAUAUCUGGAUCAGCGUUUGUCACUGGAAAUGCAAGAUCAUAUGGAUGACACAGAGUUUAGACCAUUGAAGGAGUAUAGAAUGAACUUGAUUGCAGCGCAACAACGUGAUCCAGAGAAUGAUAUACCAAAGAAGCAGACAAGGAAUGCACGAGGUCGAGGUAGACGGAAGCAAGCCAGUGAUGCUCAACCAGAGAAAGAGAAACAGGACAACGAGCAGCAGAGAGUACAAGAUGGUGAAACUCCUAAUGGUUGGCUCCAUAGACGAGAGGCAGCAUCUGCCAAGAAGAAGAAGCCUGUGGCUAAACAGAGUAGAGAAAGUAAAAAGAGGGUAAACAGAAGGUCGGAAGACAACAGCAAAAUGGCCAAACGUAGAAAAGCGAGUGCACGGCUUCAUAAUGGAGUUAAUGAGACAAGCGUUGAGAUGGACAGUUCAUUGUUUGAGAAGUCAUCACAACAUACGGUUGGUGAUAAGUUGAACAGAUCUCACAGUUCAUUAGACACACCUACACGAGGAAGAAGAGUGAGACAGAGACAUGAAAGUGGAGAGACAUCUGAAAGUGACUUGGAUCUGAUCGAGUCGGACGUUGCCACUCCUAUCAAGGAGAUAUCUCCUCGGAAGAGAGUUCGUCGUUCAUAUAAACCACUUCCUGAUAUUUUUGAUGAAGGACAGAGCGAGGAAGUAAGUGAUGAAGAGUUAGCCAAGGCUUUUGAUGACUGAUAUCACACCCACACACUACUAACGUUAAUAUUCUAUCUGCUGACCAUCACAUGCGCCUUCACGGUUCCAGUAGAACAACACACAGCAUGUGUUGUAUAACUUUAACUCCUUCCAUAAGACUAUAGUUAUUUGAAAUUUAAAGAUUUUUGGGUGUUUUA